CCUGCCAAAUUAUGUCAUGUGAUCCACACCCCCGAAGACAGUGACAAAAAAUGACUCUGAUAACCCUGCUCUAUAAAAUUCAGUCACCCAUUUCUUGCAUAAGAAAGAUGAGGGUAUCUUAGCCAUAGGGAUUUUGGGAUUUGGUCCACAUUGUAGAUUUUUUGCAUAAGAUAAUUAGUUUCUAGAAUUAUAUCUACCCAAAAAAGACCCCCCACAGGUAUGGCAGCAUUUAAAGAAACACCUUUUUCUUUCUAUAAAAGGUAAUGAAGCAAACAACUAGCACUAUCGUACUUACCAAUACUGCCCACGAAAAACUCAAAUCUUCUCUCUUACCCCCCUAAAAAUGCAGGUUCUUUCAGCAGGGAAGUUCAAUGAGAAGAUGUUAGCGAACUAUGUGCCCAUCUAUGUUAUGCUCCCGUUGGGAGUUGUUACAGUGGAUAAUAAGUUUGAAAACGUAGAUGUGCUUGAGAAAAACCUAAAGGAUCUAAGAGCUGCAGGAAUUGAUGGGGUGAUGGUAGAUGUAUGGUGGGGAAUCAUUGAAUUCAAAGGCCCUUUGGAGUAUGAUUGGAGUGCUUAUAGGAGUUUGUUUGAACUUGUUCAAAAAUGUGGAUUAAAAAUACAAGCUAUAAUGUCAUUCCACCAAUGUGGUGGGAAUGUGGGAGAUGUGGUUAACGUUCCACUUCCCCAGUGGGUACUUGAAGUUGGAGAAACAAACCCUGAUAUCUUCUACACAGAUAGGGAAGGUAACAGGAACAAGGAGUACCUCACAAUUGGAGUUGAUAAUCAGCCUCUCUUUGGCGGACGAACUGCAGUUGAGAUAUACAGUGACUUCAUGAAGAGCUUCAGGGAAAACAUGUCAGAUUUUUUAGAAGCUGGAGCCAUAAUAGAUAUUGAAGUAGGGCUUGGUCCAGCAGGAGAGCUCAGAUACCCUUCUUAUCCGCAAAGCCUAGGAUGGGUUUUUCCUGGCAUUGGAGAAUUUCAGUGCUAUGAUGAGUAUCUUAAAGCAGAUUUCAAAGAUGCAGCAAUAAGUGCAGGCCAACCAGAAUGGGAACUUCCAGAUAAUGCAGGGGUAUACAAUGAUACACCCGAAUCAACAGAGUUCUUCAGAUCGAAUGGGACAUACCUGGCGGAAAAGGGGAAGUUCUUCUUGACUUGGUAUUCCAACAAGUUACUGAGUCAUGGAGAUCAGAUCUUAGAUGAAGCCAACAAAGCUUUCUUGGGCUGCAAAGUGAAGUUAGCCGCAAAAGUGUCCGGAAUACAUUGGUGGUACACAGCUGAGAGUCAUGCAGCAGAGCUUACUGCAGGAUAUUACAACCUGAAAGACAGAGAUGGCUACAGACCCAUUGCAAAGAUGUUGUCAAGGCACUAUGCAAUCUUGAAUUUCACUUGUCUUGAGAUGAGGGAUACAGAGCAAGAUGCCAAAGCCAAAAGUGGACCACAAGAGCUUGUUCAGCAGGUCUUGAGUGGAGGAUGGGGAGAGAACGUUGAAGUUGCAGGAGAGAAUGCACUUCCAAGAUAUGAUAGCUACGCCUACAAUCAAAUCCUUUUGAAUGCCAGGCCUAAUGGUGUCAAUAAAUGGGGGCCGCCAAAACUCAGGAUGUAUGGGGUGACAUACCUCCGCUUGUCCGAUGAUCUGUUACAAGAAGAAAAUUUCAAUUUAUUCAAGAUAUUUGUGAAGAAAAUGCAUGCAGAUGAAGAUUACUGUCCAGACUCCAGCAAGUACAAUCAUGAACUAGGUUCACUACAACUGUCCAAACCAAAGAUUCCAAUUGAUCAUCUUCUGGAAGCAACAAAACCAGUGAAGCCAUUCCCAUGGGAUAAAGAAACAGAUAUGCCUGUUGACCCCAUUACAAGAGGACUUGGUGGCCUCAUAGCCAACAUCAUAAGCGGGAUCACUUCUAUUUGGAAGAGAAAAUAAUUUGAUGGAUAAAAAUUUAAAAAUCCAAAUAAUCAAGUUUAAGUAACUGGAUAUGUGCACUAAUAAAAUGUUCCCCAGAGCCACUUUAGAACUACUUCAAAUAUCUGUUUUUCCGAAUAAAAGAAUCUGCAUUUUUCCCUCGA